UUGGAUUGUUCAGAAUAAUGUUUAAACUACCAAAACUUAACAAAGGAACUCGCAGCUAAACUCAACGGAAUCUUUACAGCUAAAUUGAAACUGCAUACGUCAUGUUUUUUACCCACGGAAGUGCGUAUAUAGAGAUUUUUAUCAUGAUGGCUCAAUAGGAAUUAAGGAGGGCCAGCACGUGUUUUAUGUUAUAAUGGAACUGAAGAAAUAGAAUCGUGUAUCCCACCAAACAUUUCACUGAAAAGGACUGCACAUUACCAGCCCCGAAUAAAAAGACCGAAAAUAAAAACAUAUGCCUUGAUAAAACAAGACACUUGUGACAGCUAACCGAAAAAGAAAGCCAAAAAGAGUCCAAAAAAGGCCAAUAGUCCAAUGGUCCAAGAGUCCAAUCCAUAGUAGCGCUCUACACUGAGUCGACCAUCGAUAUUCACUGAAUCGAUCUCAAAGCAUCGUGGUAAAUAAUUCCUUAUUUUGUAGCCUUCAACAAUUCCUUAUGGUCUUGAAUACGCGAUUAAUUACAAAACAGGAACACGAAUACAAGAGCAGCUAUUAGCUGAUUGGCGCCCUCCUCGAAACAAAUGGACUGACGACUGGCAUUUGAUGUGAUCGCCUGGUCGAUAUCAUAUGACAACUUUGUUAAUCUAUGCAAUUGCCACUGCAUACUAAUCAUCCACGUAAGCUCGCCUCUCUAACAUAUUUUUUGUUGUCCGCUAGAACUAUUAGUUGCUGUCACGCACAAAACGCGAAGCAAGAAAGAAAAAUGUCGGACGAAAAUACAACGCAACGGGGGCCAAAAGGAUACGAUUCAAGUUGGAAUCCCCUUAGGUUCAAGAAGAACCAGAUAGAAACUGGUGAAUGCGAGUUACAGGCCUUACGGGUAGAAUUCGAGCCCGACACAAAACGUCCUCCAACUUUUGUCUAUUCUCAGGAAACGAGCGAAGUCACAACCCCCGUUUCGGCUCAUACUCUGAAGGUAUUGGAAGCAAUCCGUGAAGACAAGUUGGAGUUCGUCGAAGAAGAACUCAGCAACAUGAACAAACAAGAUAUCGAUAAGACAGAAAGACAUGGCUUUGCGCUUAUUCAUGUCGCAGCUCGAUACAACUUACACAGAAUCGUGAAGUCUCUGCUGGAACAUGGAGCGGAUGUUAACAUUGGCACAAGUGAAUACCGGUGGACACCCCUUCAUUUAGCUGCCAGGUGUGUUAGAAUUUUUCUUCAGAAAAUUAAACUCUUUUUUGUAACAAAGAGGUUAAAGUCAAACCCCAGUAAAUUCAGUUUCCUCUUGGUUUUGGUCACGAUGUACCCCGUUCAAGAAAAAGGGUAAGGCUUAUAGUCGAUGGCUUAAAAGCUGUUAACUAUAGACCCUUGUGUCUCUAUUGUGAUUUUUGGUGGUCUCUACCGUUUUGGGGAUUCGUUUGCCAUUACCGUUUUUUCC